AUGGACACACCAAUGACAAAGAUGGACACACCUCUAACAAAGAUGGACACACCAAUGACAAAGGUGGAAACACCAAUGACAAAGCUGGACACACCUCUGACAAAGGUGGAAACACCAAUGACAAAGAUGGACACACCUCUAACAAAGAUGGACACACCAAUGACAAAGAUAGACACACCAAUGACAAAGAUGGACACACCUCUAACAAAGAUGGACACACCAAUGACAAAGAUGGACACACCAAUGACAAAGGACACACCUCUGACAAAGAUGGACACACCAAUGACAAAGAUGGACACACCAAUGACAAAGAUGGACACACCUCUAACAAAGAUGGACACACCUCAGACAAAGAUGAACACACCAAUUACAAAGAUGAACACACCAAUGACACAGAUGGACACACCAAUGACAAACCUGGACACAACUCUGACAAAGAUGGACACACCAAUGACAAAGAUGGACACACCAAUGACAAAGGACACCUCUGACAAAGAUGGACACACCAAUGACAAAGAUGGACACACCAAUGACAAAGAUGGACACACCUCUAACAAAGAAGGACACACCUCAGACAAACAUGAACACACCAAUGACAAAGAUGAACACACCAAUGACACAGAUGGACACAACAAUGACAAAGAUGGACACAUCUCAGACAAAGAUGGACACAAGGAUGACAAAGAUGAACACACCAAUGACAAAGCUAGACACACCAAUGACAAAGAUGGACACAUCUCAGACAAAGAUGGACACAAGGAUGACAAAGAUGGACACACCAAUGACAAAGAUGGACACACCUCUAACAAAAAUGGACACACCUUAGACAAAGAUGAACACACCAAUGACAAAGACGAACACACCAAUGACAAAGCUAGACACACCAAUGACAAAGAUGGACACAUCUCAGACAAAGAUGGACACAAGGAUGACAAAGAUGGACACACGUCUGGCAAAUAUGGACACACACCAGACAAAGAUCAACACACCAAUGACAAAGCUGGACACAUAUCAAGCAAUGAUGGACACACAUCUGGCAAAUAUGGACACACAUCAGACAAAGCCGGACACAAUCAGACAAUGAUAGACACACAUCAGACAAAGACACAUCUGAGUAAAAGAUGGAUACACAUCAGAAAAAGAUGGACACAGCACACUUAA